UUGGAAGCAGAGAGGAGAAAAUCUGAUCGACGCUUAAAUCCGUUGUUGGAACAGAGUUUUCCCGAGAAAAAUCUGAAUAACGGACCGGGAAAACCCUACGACUGUUUUCUGGAUCGACUCCUCUUUCUUGUUCGUAGGUACUCUGGUCAUUCCCGGAGGAGAUGGAUGACGAAUUGUUGGAAUUGCAGCGCCAGUUCGAGUUCGCUCAACAGGCCAAGUCAAGCAUCAGAUUGUCGGAGCGAAACGUUGUUGAAUUGGUCCAGAAGCUCCAGGAGCUUCGCGUCAUUGACUUCGAUCUGCUUCACACCGUCACCGGGAAAGAGCACAUCACUCAGGAGCAAUUGAGGAAUGAAAUUGCUGCCGAGAUCGAGAAAUUGGGCCGUGUCUCUGUGAUUGAUCUCGCGGAUAUGAUUGGGGUUGAUUUGUAUCACGUGGAGAAGCAAGCGCAAGAUGUUGUCUCGAAUGAUCCUGGGUUAAUGCUGGUUCAGGGAGAAAUUAUAUCACAAACUUAUUGGGAUUCAAUUGCAGAAGAAAUCAACGAGAGGCUUCAAGAAUGCAGCCAGAUUGCUGUGGCUGAGAUUGCUGCUCAGUUACAGGUCGGUUCUGAGUUGGUGCAAGCUGUUUUGGAGCCUCGACUUGGAACUUUGGUGAAAGCUAGGCUAGAAGGUGGACAGUUAUAUACACCAGCCUAUGUAGCGCGUGUCACUGCUAUGGUUCGAGGCUCUGCAAGGGGUGUUUUUGUUCCAUCGAAUUUGUCUGCAUUGUGGACGCCGUUGCAACAGUUGGUACAAGAAAUGAAUGGAUCCAGUGGCAUCGCUGUUGAGACUUCGUUUUUCCAAUCUAUAUUCAACAGGUUGUUGAAGGAAGAGGAGAUGCUUGGAUCACUCCGUGCUGGAACCCAUUGGACUCCUAGUGCUUUUGCAAUUGCUCAAAAGGAAUGUGUAGACUCUUUCUUUUCACAGAACUCCUUUAUUACCUAUGAGACCAUGCAGAAGCUUGGAAUUUCUCAAGCCGUGCAAUUCCUUCAGUCCAGAUAUCCAGAAGGUACACCUUUAGCUGCUGUAUUUAUUCACCCCUCAAUGAUUGAGAUGCUAGAUGCCGCCAUCGAGGAUGCUGUUGAAAGAAAUAGUUGGAUCGACUCCCUCGCUGUAUUACCUGCAUCGUUCACAUCACAGGAUGCAUACAAGAUGUUGCUUCUUUGUCCCUCGUUCCAAUCAGCUCUCAAGGCUGACAAGGCACUAAUUCUGGGUGAAACCUUCGUUUUAAGCAGUGGUUUCGUCAAGGGCAUAUAUGAUCAAAUUGAGAAAGAGGCAGAAGCUUUUAGUGCCCAAGCUCCUGCUGCUAGUUUGAUUUAUCAUUCAAGCAAAUCUUCUGAGCCAACAGAAACCACGCUUGUUACAGAAAAAGGUUCAAAGAAGAAAAAGGGUAAAUCUGCAGGUGCAAAAUCAGUUACAAUUGAAACUGUUGUAGACGAGGAAGAGGAUGCCCGACCAAAAUCUCGGAGAAACCAAAAGAAAGGCAAGGAUGCAUCGUUGUCCCAGAUGCCAGUUUCGAAAAUGGGAGGCAAGAAAGAGUCAGCUACGGUACAAGAGGCUAAUCAUGGUAUUCCAUCAGACGUGUGGAUAAUGCAAAAGAUUACGAACCUUGUCCCUGAGUUUGAAGAACAAGGUAUUGACAACCUCGAGUCAAUUCUUAAACAUUUAGCAGAUCAUAUGAGGCCUAUGCUUGUAAAUUCACUGAAGGAGAGAAGAAAGAAACUCUUCACAGAAAAUGCAGAUAGAAUGAAACGUCUGCUUGAUGAUCUGCAAAAGAAACUUGAUGAGUCUUACCUAAAUAUGCAGCUCUAUGAAAAAGCAUUGGAGCUGUUUGAAGAUGAUCAAUCAACUUCAGUUGUUUUACAUAGGCAUCUGUUGAGAACGACAGCAGCUUCUAUUGCUGACACACUGCUUCAUGACUUGGAUAUCCACCACAAACUGAAGAAUGGUGUUGAAGUUGAAGAUUCUAAAGACAGAGAUUUGCUUUCGCUUAAUUCUUCUGAAAGAACUGCCCUUGCUAAGAAUUUCACUGGACCACUUUCAAAAAAGGCCCUUUCAUUAGUUGAAGUGUUGGAAGGAAAGCGUGUCGACACUUUCAUGACUGCCUUCAGAGACAUGGCAGAGGAAAGUGGGUUGGUAUUGAAGAAGCUUGACAAAAAACUGGAAAGGACUCUCUUACAUUCAUACCGUAAGGAUUUGAUAUCUCAAGUUUCUACGGAGUCGGACCCUGUUGUACUUCUCGCAAAAGUUGUCUCUCUGCUUUAUAUUCAGGUUUAUAAUAAAGCUUUACAAGCCCCUGGUAGAGCUAUUGCAGCUGCCAUUUCACGUCUAAAGGAUAAACUAGAUGAAUCGGCGUACAAGACGCUGACAGAUUACCAAACAGCAACAGUUACGCUUUUGGCUCUAAUGUCGGCUUCGACCGGCGGCGAGGAGGAUAACUGUACGGGAGACAGGAUUCUGAGCAAGAGGGAGUUCCUGGAGAGCCAAAUGCCCCAACUCAAAAGCCUCGUCCUCGGCAACUCACAUCCCUCUUCCUAACCAAAAACCAAACAGGUUUAGUAUUUACUGCUCUCCCGUCUCCUGACGUGCAAUAUCCCAGGAUGAACUUCUUCUUUUUUUGUUUGUUAGGUCUCUAUACUUGUCGUUCGCAUACAGAUUUCGGAUGAGCAUGAGACACUAGAAUACAUGUACUGUUUUAAUGGUCAUGCACCUCCAUGUUACUUCUUUAGAUGUCUCUCUUUUCUCA